AUCGAAGUUGCUGAAAUUAAUAUAAACAUGUUAAAGUCAUUGAAUAGGCCUAUUGCUAGAAUUCGUGCAGUUCACACUGGUGGAACUGAAGCAUCAAAGGCUGAUUCAGAUAUAGCAAAAGGUCUUGAAUCACAAAUUCUUUUAGCUAAGGGUGCUCAUGUUAUACUUAGAGCUAAUUUGUGUAUAGAAGCCAGUUUAGUUAAUAGUGCAAUAAAAACAGUUCAAGACCUAUUUUUCGAAGAAAAUCAGGAACCACCUUCUCUUCUUCUUGCUGUUUUUAUAGAGUUCAAUACCUACAAUAGUCCUGCAAUUAUAUCUACAGAAG